AUGGCCAAUCUUCAGAAGUCACUACAGGAGGCCACAACGCGCGAUAUCACACGGAUAGAGCGCAUUGGUGCUCACUCACAUAUUCGUGGCCUUGGAUUGAACGAUGAAUUGGACGCGCGACAAGUUUCACAGGGAAUGGUGGGCCAAUGCAAGGCCCGACGCGCAGUGGGCAUUGUUUUGGGAAUGAUUCGCGAGGGGAAAAUCGCGGGUCGUGCGGUCCUUCUUGCUGGUCCUCCUGGAACAGGCAAGACUGCAAUCGCCAUGGGUUUGGCUCAGGCUCUCGGACGCGACACUCCCUUUACUGCAAUGGCUGGAAGUGAGAUUUAUUCGCUUGAAAUGAGCAAAACUGAGGCUCUGACACAGGCCUUCCGGAAGUCAAUUGGUAUCCGCAUCAAAGAAGAAGCCGAGAUAAUCGAAGGUGAAGUUGUUGAAAUUAUGAUCGACCGUCCUGCAACUGGAACCGGUGCAAAAGUUGGCAAACUGACAUUAAAAACUACUGAAAUGGAAACUGUUUACGACCUUGGUCAAAAGAUGAUUGAUUGUAUAGCAAAGGAAAAGAUUCAGGCUGGUGACGUUAUCACAAUCGAUAAGCCAUCCGGCAAAAUAACUCGCCUGGGGCGUUCUUUUGCACGAGCUCGUGAUUAUGACGCUACUGGGAUGCAGACUAAGUUCGUGCAAUGUCCUGAAGGUGAACUCCAAAAACGGAAAGAAGUUGUUCACACUGUUACAUUACAUGAAAUCGAUGUGAUCAAUAGUCGCACACAAGGAUUUUUGGCAUUGUUCAGUGGUGACACGGGAGAGAUAAAAUCUGAAGUUCGUGACCAAAUUAACGCCAAAGUUGUUGAAUGGCGAGAAGAGGGCAAAGCAGACAUUGUACCAGGUGUUCUCUUUAUCGACGAAGUUCACAUGCUUGAUAUCGAGUGUUUUUCAUUUCUUAAUCGAGCGCUUGAAUCAGACAUGGCCCCUAUUCUCAUAAUGGCGACUAACCGUGGAAUCACCACGAUUCGUGGAACCAAUUUUAAGAGCCCUCAUGGAAUUCCAAUUGAUUUGCUCGAUCGUCUCCUAAUUGUUUCUACAGAAGCCUAUUCUGAGAAGGAGAUCCAGGCCAUUUUAAAGAUUCGUUGUGAAGAAGAGGAUGUUGAUAUUGCGGAAGACGCACUUGUCGUUCUCACACGAAUCGGCUUGCAAACAUCCCUGCGAUAUGCUAUUCAACUUAUCACCACCGCCAGCCUUGUUUGCCGUCGUCGAAAGGGUGUUGAGGUUAAUAAGGAGGAUGUGCGGAAGGUGUAUCAGCUCUUCAUGGACGAGGCGCGGUCCACGUUGUUUUUGCAGGAAUAUCAAGAAGAGUUUAUGUUUAAUGAAGCACAGCCAGCCAGCGCCGUCCAACCAACUGGUGCGUGGUUUUCCUCUGCCUUAACAAAACACCCUACGCACAACUUAUGUAGUAGGUAUUAUAAGUUACUUUUCUGUCUUGUAGGCGACGCGAUGGAUACAGAGGCCUGA